GCAUUUCGUCAACGACCAACUGUGGAAGCCGUGUUGUUGCUAGGAAGCUUUCCUACUCCUUACGUGCACUUUAUACUCCAACUAAUCAUGCUCUUCACUCUUUGCUCUUCGCUCUCUUCCUCUAACCCAUCCGCUUGCAAGAAAAGCAAUCUUCCGAAGCUGGUAGCUACAGGAUCUGCGAGUGGAUAAAAGCCUAAGCAUGGAGAAGCUACUGAAGGAAUUCAAUGUACCGGCAAAGCAUGGAUCAGAAGAGGAGCUGAGCUUGUGGAGAAAGCUUGUCACGCCUGUCAAGAACCCCAUGCGGCGUUUCCGUUAUGUGGCAAAUCUUGACAAGAGAUCGGCAGUCCAAGAACAAAAGGCAAAAAUUGGAGAAAAAUUACAGGCCUGCUUGGUGCUUUACAUGGAAGAACUAGAGUCUACUGAUGCUGGUGAUGACUUUAUGAAUGGCUAUAGAGGCAGAAGAAACGCUCCAAGAAGAUAAAGAAAAAGAAUUUCUGAAUCAGGCUUCCGCUGCAGGCUGUGGAAGUGAGUCAUCUCGACUUGCAUUGCCUAAAAUUUCAUGAACUUAUCCGUGAAAUCAUGAUGACAGGUGAUCCUGUCAGCUCUAUAUAUGUGUUUUAUGUUUGACUUUCUGGAUAAUGAUGAAGCUGUGUUUUCUUAUUGGAUGUAUAGCAAAUCAUGUUUUGCUAUGACAUGGGACCUUGAUCUGUAUCAUUAAACAGAAGCCUGGUCUUCCACUCUCGGACUCUGGAUUGCACCAAUAGCUUGUAUCUUACUGUGUGGUAUAACUUGUUACUUUUUCUCA